AAGAUUAAAAGUAGUUAGACAGCGUCCAAAUUUUAUCGAAGAGUUUGGGAAUUUUUAUUUAGGAAUAUCGAGUGGAUUUGUUUCACCAUUAACGCCCCUCAUCCACCUCGGGGGGCCUCACAUGGGGGAUGAUUUGAUAGCCUCUCAGACUGUGUGAAAAGUAAAAAAAAUAAAAUAAAAUACGAAGAAAGCGUGUCAUGUCUGCGGGGACUGUCCGUCCCUCGGUUGUGUGUGUUUUCGUGGCUGUUUGCUAGCUGACCGACGUUGUUGUGCUUUUCAGUGGCUCAGAAGAUGCAGCACUUCGUCCUCACGACGCUUUGACUUCCCCCCAAUGCAGCCUGCGGCGGCCGCGGACAGCCAGGAGUCUCCGCAGGGCAGUGGGGACCGAGCAGAGAUCACCCAGUUAUCGGCACAAGAUCCGUCGUCCUCGGACACCAGCUCCGAGCAAGCUAGCCCCCGACCGUUGACGUUAGAUCUCCUUAACAUGGUGGUCUCCUACAAGCGGAUGGCCGUCUUUCUGGAGCCAGUCACUGAUGCGGUCGAGCUACUGCGCUGCCUGCUUGGCUGGAGAAUGCCUCUCUGUUCUUUGUUCUGCUGUGUCCUCCUGAACAUGCUCUUCAUCACCCUGAGUGAAGUGGCUUGGUUCUCUGUGGUUCUGUUGUUGGUCUCCGUCCCAGCUGCACUGGGUUAUUUUGGUGACCGAUGUCAGGGUGUUAUCGGUGAGACGGUGGCACAGAAGAAGAGGCACUACGCCGUGCAGCGACGAGAGCUUCAGACCGUCCACAUGAGCCGCCAGGAAGCCAUGCUGGAGGUCAAGGGCCUACUGAAGCAGCUGGAUGAGCUCCUGAGUCAAGCUUGUGUGUGUGCUGAGUCUGUGUACAAGAUCUUGUAUUGGGAGAGUCAUACAACCUCUUCUAUAUUCUAUGGUUUUCUCCUGAUGAUGGUUUGUUUGCUGUACACCGUUCCUGUGGGCUGGAGUUUGUCUUUGAUCAACAGUGCCCUCUUCCUCUGGAACAGAAACUUCUGCAGAGUUGUGCUGCAGUUGAAGGAGCUCUUCCGUACCCCGUCUUUAGCCCCGCCCCCUGCCCCGCCCACACAGGGAGAGCUGGAAAAGAGUGAACAAGAACUGGGCAAUCUACCAGACCAGACCCCCACACCACCCAGCCUGGAGGACCUGUCACCAGGAAGCGUUGAAGAGGCCGAAGAGGCGGAGCCUGAUGAUGAGUUUAAAGAUGCCAUAGAGGAAAACCAGCUGGCCCUACAGGAAGCACAGCUGUCUUUUGUGGAUGAUGAGGAGGUGUCCGUGGGUGGGUCUGAUUAUGACUCCGUGUCUGAUAACGGCCUGUUGAGCAGGAAUGAACCCAUACGCAGCAGAGUGUCCAAGCUCACUGAGAAACUGCGCAAGCGUGUACCCACCAAUCCCACCGGUAACUGCUCCAGCUGUGCGUGUGCGUUCUCUGUGUUAAAGAAACGGAGGUACUGCACUAACUGUGGGGUCAUCUUCUGCUCACGCUGCUGUUCUUACAAAGUGUUCAGGUCCAGUAUGGGAGCCACAGCGCCGGAGGCCCAGAGGGAGACGGUGUUUGUGUGCGGCCCAUGCAAUACCUCGCUCCUCGGCAAAUAGGACCCACCCCCCAUAAUAAGCCGCUUCCCUCUGUCCCAACGCUCCAAAAAUCCCCUCGGCGACAGGAGCGGCGGGCGGAGGCCCGUGCGUUCUGACUCACGGCUGUGCGCCGUCCCCCUUCUCUCCCUGACCUUUGCCCUUACUGCCAGAAGUGCUUUUACUACCGCGGCCACGGCGGCGUUCAGCUCUGGCCGAGGUCACGCGCAGGUACGCCGGCUGCUGCCGCCCACCAAACCCUGCAGCUCGAUCACCGGUUGGCGACCGGGGCGUUUAGUUGGCCGCGUGCAGCAUGUUGGAUCUGCUGGAGGGUUUGGUGUUUCACUUUUGUGAUGACUGGACCUCUUCAUCUUGGGGUAGAAGUGUACUGCAGUGUUUUAAUCAGCCGCAAAUCUGAUCAAAUCCUGGUUUCACUCUUACAUCGUCAUGUGCUAGAAUCACCAAGCUAUUACUGUGAUGUCGUGUCCUGAGAAUCGACGUCCGCUGUUUUGAUAGUGUCGUGAGGAAAUUCCGAAGACUGUUCCUCAAACAAAAGGACCUUUUGAGUUUGAGGUACCAACAGUUUUAUUUGACUUGCACAGAAGGUUCCACAGCUUUCUCUGAUCUCGUAUUCUCCCUAAACCUCCAGCGGCUCGAACAUGAGCAAAUAUAUUCUCUAUCUGAUGAGGAGCGGUUGCUUUCUCACAGUUUUCAUGUUCAAGAUGUUUUGUUGAAGGAGACUUUGUAAGCGUGUGAGACUGAAAGUUGCUGCCGUCCAGGGUGAGCUCAUGACUGUGUAAUCAUUUUCAUACGUGAAGAAAAUGUAAAUAUUCUGCUAGUUCUGUUACUCUGAGAAGUUACUAGAAGUUAUAUCCCCAAACAGUACAAACAUUCUGUACAGCCUUUUUUCUUUCUUAUUUGGGUCAUUGUCGGCUGAUGAUUUUGGUGGUUGUUUUUAUCUGUCAGUCGGAAUUCCCUAAAUGACUCAUCGCAGCUUUAAGUACAUUACAGAUUUAUCGUGUCGGUGUUUGCUAAAUCAGUUCACUGUAGGCCUACGGGUUGAUUAUUGUUAUUUUUCUGUUAUUCCUUAAUUUAUAUUGCUGAAGUCUUAUUCUGAUCUUUAAAGUUUUAGAUACUUGAUUAUAAACGGUUUUGCUAUUAGUUAUUUAUACUUUUUGGAUUUUAGUUUGUGUUUAAUUUGAUUUUCUGUUUGUUUUUAAGAUGGAGCUGAACGUAACUGUUUUAUGUCAUUCUUCCUUAUGAUAGGUAUACUGUAAUAUAGCUAUCUUUAAAUACAAAUUUAAAUAUUUCUUCGACCCUUCAACCCAGUCGGCCUAAUUCUAUAGCUAGCUUUAGGUCUUGUGCUGUUUCAUCAUCGGUUCAAUAAACAGUUAUAGUAAAAAUCAA